AUGAAUCCUGGAAGUUCCGGGGACGAGUCGUCUUACAAGUCAUCUGAUCAAGUGAGUGACUAUCUGGCCGAGUACACAUUGGAAGGGAAAUGGGAUAAGGUUGUUGAAAUGUACAAACAAUCCCCAGCGUGUCACACGGCAAUGAUUAACGAUGCCGUGGGCACUGCACUGCACGUGGCCGUGGAUUUGGAUGAAGAAGGUGUGGUUGAAGACCUUGUGGAUGCGAUUAUCAGUCACAGCGAUGGAGUGAAGAUCAAGGCUCUGGAAAUGGGGAACGAUCGAGGGGACACCCCUCUGCAUGUUGCGGCGUCGAGGGGUUUCGCAAAGAUAUGUAGAUGCAUCAUAGGAAUGAAGAAGGAGAGGAUGUAUUUGGUGAGUAAAAAGAACAAACAUGGAGAGACACCUCUGUUUGAAGCUGCUAUCAACUGGAAGAAACAGGUCUUUGCUUAUCUUUCUGACGUCUUGGACCACAGCGCCCCCUUGCAAGAUCUUGUGCGACACAAUGGUGACUCUAUCCUUCACUGUGCUAUCAGUAGAGAAUAUUUUGAUUUGGCUGUGAUAAUAGUGCGUUAUUAUGAAUUCCUUAGCACAUACAAGAAUAAAGAUGGAUUACUUCCUCUCACAGUCCUUGCCACUAGGCCCUCGGCCUUCAGAAGUGCUACUACACUUUCAUGGUGGAAGCAAAUCCUCUACCACUGUAUGCUUGUGGAACCGGUGAACGCUGAAAGACAAAUGAAGACAAUGUUAGAAAAGAUGGAGAAGAAACCAAAAUCGGACAAAGUGAAUUAUCCAAAGAACUACGCCACACUACAUGACUUGAUUGCUGGACUCACUACUCUUGGUGCUUCUCCUUAUCAACAAUUUGUGAGGUCUGCAUACGUGCAUAUUCUUGGCCUCUCAGGAGUAGAAUUGAAGGAAAUAAGGAAUACAAAGAGGAGGCAUGAAUGGAGUGGUCAACUCUUGAAGGCACUAUUGGAAAAACCUUAUGCAGCAUUCACAGGAAGUGGGGGUGUCCCAACCGAUAUGAAAGUUGAAGCAGAUAUGUAUAAAGUUUUCAGCCAAUAUAAACAAGUUGAAGCCAGCGAAUUGGGAUGGUUGGAUGAUGAGGAAGAAAAAGAAAUACAAACUAACGGCAAAAUAUCUGCAAGUCCAAGAAGUGACACAAUUAAGAAAGAAACUGAUGAACUUAGUAAUGAGAAGAACAUUAACAAAAAGGAAACAGCAUUUCUGGUUGCAGCGAAAAAUGGCAUAGUUGAAAUGGUGAACGAAAUUUUAUAUCGAAUUCCUAGUGUCAUCCAUAACACUAAUUCAAAGAAAGAGAAUGUGUUGCUUGUGGCAGUGAUUAACAGGCAACCCCUUAUUGUUGAGAGUUUGAAAAGGAAGAUGCAGUCAAAACCAGAAGUUUGGAAUAACUUAAUUCUGACAGUAGAUGAAGAUGAGAACACCAUAUUGCACUUGGCAGCAUAUGCUCCAACCGGCGAUAAGUCUCCACAAAUAGCUGGUUCUGCCUUGCAAAUGAUGUGGGAUAUAAAGUGGUUUCAGUAUAUUAAAAGGCUUGUGCCACAACACUUUUACUAUAGAAGCGACAAAAACGGCAAAACAGCGGGGGAAGUAUUCGAGGACACACAUAAAGAUCUUAUAGAGGAAAGUGGAGAUUGGCUGAAGGAAACAUCUGAAUCUUGCUCUGUUGUGGCUGGACUUGUCGCUGGUGUUUCCUUUGCUACUGCCAGCUCCAUCCCCGGGGGCACCAACAACGAAGGUAGGCCUCAUUUAGAAGGAAAACCUGCAUUCGAUGCAUUUGCCGUUGCUUCACUCGUUGGACUUUGCUUCUCUGUCACUGGACUCAUAAUGUUUCUUACCAUCCUCACUUCUCGAAAGCAAUCCAAAGAUUUUCGCAGAGCUUUGCCAUUCAAAAUACUUCUAGGUCUGAGCUCUCUUUUUGUAUCCAUUGCUGCAAUGUUUGUCUCUUUCUGCUCCGGUCAUUAUUUCCUGCUUAGUCACAGAUACAAGAUGGUCCUAUUCCCCAUUUAUGUAGCCACUGUUUUUCCUGUCACUUUCUAUGCUGUGGCGCAGUUUCCACUUUACUUUGAUCUUCUAAGGGCCAUCUUAGCUAUGGUGCCACGGGCAACUGAUAAAGGAGAGAAGUUAUAG